AUUGCAUGUUGCCCCUGUCUCUCUUGCCUGGUUCCGUCCGUAGAGUUGCCCCUUACCCCUAUUUCCAGGCCACUACCGUCGGGUUAUGUAUAUUCCGCUAAUUAACUAUUUUGCCGCUACACACCGCCAAAACGCGUCUCCAAGACCAGACCGCGACUAAGGGAGGCACGAAGAGCGACGAGUAGUUUGGGAUUUAUAUUAUAUAAAAUUCACAAUGGUUGCUUGCCCGAUAUGUGAUAAGCCUGUUAAGCCAAAGGAUAUCAAUUCUCACAUCGAUUCCAAUUGCGAAACCCAUAUCGAUAGUACCCCGCCAUCAACCCAACAGGCUGGAAAUGGCCUCUCGAACUUCUUCCAGACACCUGGGCCCAAACGAAGCCUUCCGAUUAGUACCCCGAAGUCCGGCACAAAUGGAGACUCAAAAUCUUCGAUAAAUGAUGUGCAGAGUACGCCAUUGUCGUCUCAGAAAAAACGGUCUUUCGAGGAGGAAACGCCUGCAGUUCGGCAAGAUCCCAUAGAAAAUGAACAGCCGCCGACAGCAAAGAAGCCAAAGGUCAAUGCCUUUCACAAGGCAGCACCUCUCGCAGAGCGGAUGCGACCUCGAACCCUCGACGAUGUAUGCGGCCAGGAAUUAGUUGGACCCAAAGGAAUCCUUCGAAACCUCAUCGAGCAAGACCGCGUGCCAUCGAUGAUCCUCUGGGGCGGGGCAGGAACGGGCAAGACCACCAUCGCUCGCUGCAUUGCCUCUAUGGUUGGGAGCCGCUUCGUCGAGAUCAACAGUACGAGUUCGGGGGUUGGGGAGUGCAAGAAGAUCUUUGCCGAAGCGCGGGGCGAGCUCGGUCUCACUGGCCGCAAAACAAUCAUAUUCUGCGAUGAGAUCCACCGCUUCUCAAAGUCUCAGCAGGAUGUGUUCCUGGGCCCCGUUGAAUCGGGCCAGAUCACGCUGAUAGGGGCCACGACCGAGAACCCCUCGUUCAAAGUCCAGAAUGCGCUGUUGUCACGGUGUCGGACGUUUACGUUGCAGAAGCUUACUGAUGAGCAUAUACGGUUGAUAUUGGAACGAGCUCUUACUACUGAAGGUGUUUUGGAUACAAAACCUUCUGAAUUAGUGGACUCGGAACUGAUUGCCUACCUAGCGGCAUUCUCGGAUGGCGACGCUCGUACAGCCCUGAACCUGCUCGAGCUCUCUGUCUCCAUAUCCAACAGGCCAGACACGACCAAGGAAGAUAUCAAAACUGCUCUCACCAAGACCCUCGUCUACGACCGUGCCGGUGACCAGCAUUACGACACGAUCUCAGCACUGCAUAAGUCGAUCCGUGGGUCCGACCCAACGGCAGCACUGUACUAUCUCGCACGCAUGCUGCAAUCGGGUGAAGACCCUCUCUUCAUCGCCCGUCGGCUAGUCGUCGUAGCAUCCGAAGACGUCGGCCUAGCCGACAACAGCAUGCUCUCCCUAGCAACCGCCACCUAUACAGCAGUCGAGAAGAUCGGUAUGCCCGAAUGCCGAAUCGCGUUAGGCCAUUGCACCGUAGCGCUCUCACUCGCUCCCAAAUCAACGCGCUCAUACCGUAGUCUGAAUAACGCCUACGCGGCGCUUGGGGAGCCCGGGGUAGCUAGCCUUCCUAUCCCUGUGCACCUCAGGAAUGCACCGACGAAGCUGAUGAAGGAGUUGGGAUAUGGGGCGGAGUAUAAGUAUAACCCGAAUUAUAAGGAUGGGAGGGUGAGGCAGGAGUAUAUGCCUGAUGCCCUGAGGAAUAGGGUGUUUAUGGAAGAGAAUGAUCUGGGGACGGAGGUUGAUCCGGAUUUGAGGGGGAGGUGAAUUGGGGUGAGAUUGGAGAUGCUGUGGAUUGAAUUUAGCGGGCGUUUGGGGUCUGUUGAGGCGAAAUCAUGGUGAUAUCAGCAUUAAUUGAGUCGCGCGAAGUGGUAAAUAUAAGAGACAAGUUGCAU